AUGACCACUCGCGAUGAGGCCCGUGUUUCUUCCCUCAACAGUACCACGAUUAACACGCCGUCGUCCAACCACUCCACCCCAACCACAAGUUAUUAUAACAACGAUGAUCUAGAAAAGGAGCUUCGCCUUUCAAAUUCUGAGACAGGGACCAAGGCAAAAACACCAGAGAGCCCUCACAUUCCUCCACUGAGCCCUCCCCUCACUGCCGCACUCGGCCCGCCGCCCGACGGGGGGUUGCAAGCCUGGUUGACUGUUCUCGGGGGGUUCUGUUGUCUCUUUGUCAGUUUUGGAUGGAUCAAUUGUAUCGGGGUCUUCCAAGCAUACUAUGAAAGUCACCAGUUACGUGAUUUGUCUACUAGCAAGGUGGCCUGGAUCACGUCGCUCGAAACCUUUGUGAUGUUUUUUGCAGGCCCAGUCUUCGGUGUUCUCUUCGACAGCUUCGGCCCACGAUGGAUCCUACUAGGCGGGACAUUGAUGCAUGUCUUUGGUCUUAUGAUGGCAUCUCUGUCAACAGAGUACUACCAGUUUAUCCUUUCACAGGGGAUCUGCAGCCCGAUUGGCGCCAGUGCCGUCUUCAACGCUAGCAUCAACUCGGUCAGCACCUGGUUCGCAAAGCGCCGAGCAAUGGCGCUUGGCGUCACAGUCUCCGGAUCCAGCUUGGGUGGUGUGAUAUUCCCUAUCAUGGUAUCGCAUCUGAUUCCUCUAGUUGGCUUUUCAUGGGCAAUGAGGAUCUGCGCGUUUUUGAUCCUGUUUCUGUUGUGCAUCGCCAACCUGACUUUGAGAUCCAGACUCAGCCACCGAAAGAAGUCGGUGAGUAUAAUGAGCUUCUUGGAGCCGCUCAAAGAGAUCAAGUUUGUGAUUACCGUCGCCGCAUGCUUCUGCUUCUGCUGGGGGAUGUUCCUGCCCUAUACAUUCAUCAUCACGCAGGCAGAGCGGUAUGGGAUGUCGUCGCAGAUAUCGCAGUAUCUCAUCCCCAUUAUGAAUGCUGCAAGUAUCUUCGGCCGCACUCUUCCGGGAGUAUUAGCAGACCGCAUCGGCCGCUACAACGUGAUGGUCAUCUUUGGGUAUUUUGCUAGCAUUCUCGUACUAGCACUCUGGCUUCCAUCGCGCAGCAAUGCCCCUGCAAUUGUCUUCAGUGCCCUGUACGGCUUCGGCUCGGGCGCCUUCGUCUCGCUCUCCCCGGCUCUGAUUGCCCAGAUCUCCGACCUGCGCGAGGUUGGUGCUCGUAACGGUACUUGUUUCUCGAUCAUGUCACUUGCUGCUCUGACCGGGACCCCAAUUGGAGGCGCGUUGGUGUCGGACGUGAUGCACGGGUCUUAUACUAAGUUGCAAGUCUUUUGCGGUGUGGUCAUGGUGGCUGGCGCCUCGCUAUUUGUUUUGGCGAGAGUGGUUGUUGGCGGCGGUAAGCUGGCUACCAAAGUAUAA